UAUAUACGGCGGCGCGGGAAAAAGUCAGCUGCAAUCUGCAGUCUGCGCUUGGUGAUAGCCGCCGAGGUUCAGAAGCUUUUCCUUCGAGCAGCGAAGCACGGCAGUAAUUAACAAGAUGUCCAGCCCCAAGCUCCUGGCAGUGUUCGACUUCGACCACACCAUCGUGGACGAGGACACCUUCUUCACGGUGCACGAGGCCCUGCACACAGGCAAGAUGACCAAGGAGCAGGACGACGGCUGCACGCGGGCGCGCAGCUACAUGCCGUACGAGCGGGCCGUGUUCCGCGCCAUGCACCGCGCCGGCGUCACCCGGGAGCACGUCAGGCGCGUGGUGCAGGCCCUCCCGGCCGUGCCCGACAUGGAGGACGCCGUGCGCUUCCUGCACCGCGCCGGCGCCGAGCUGGUGAUCCUGUCCGACUCCAACUCCGUCCUCGUCGACGACUGGCUGGAGGGCGCGGGCCUGCGGCACGCGUUCGCCCGCGUCCUCACCAACCCCGCCCGCUACGACCCGGACGGCUGCCUCUGCAUCGAGGACCACCACCGCCAGGACUCGUGCGCGCUCAGCACGACCAACCUCUGCAAGGGCCUCGUCCUGGACGAGUACGUGCGGGAGCGUGCAGAGCAGGGCGCGACCUUCUCGCGCAUCGCGUAUGUGGGGGACGGCACCAACGACCUGUGCCCCGCGCUGCGCCUCUCGCCCGGCGACCUGGUGUUCCCCCGCGAGGGCUUCGCCUUCCACGACCUGGUCAUGAAGGGUGCCGGCCAGGCCAUCAAGGCUUCCGUCCACCCGUGGAGCUCCGGCAAGCACAUCCUCGGAGUGCUGGCGGACUACGUCGACAGCAGUUGAUCUCUCCUCUCUGGCUUGGGUCCAGGACCUCUGGAGCUCUUGUCUCUCUGAGACGUCUUGACACGCUCGCGACAGGCAGUGAAAUGCGUCGCUGGCGCCAAAAAUGAGAAGCUGGAGUCAUUCUUCUUACCGCACAUUUGCACUCGUUCUAGGUUGAAACAUUCUAGUAUUUCCGAUGUUCUUCAGUAGUGCUUGCAUUAGGCGCCGAUAAUGUUUGCCGACUGAUCGAUUCCACUUUCCAGAAGUGAUUUUGGAUUGCUGUUUUGGAUUUUUUAUAUUUGGUCUUCGAGUUUUGUCUUUUUUUCCAAAAUUCAUUGAGCUCUACAAUUCUAUCCCAUAGUAUAGUAUUUUUUUUUUUUUUUUUUUUUUUUGCUGAAGAUGACUACAUAAAGUACAGUUUGUCUUCACAGAUUUCACUUUGAACUGUACAAUGAAGAAGUAUUUAUCAUAUUUAUAAACUAUAAUUAGGUAAGCAAGUUUGUGUUAUAUUGUCUAAUGUUGUUGGGUAAUAGACUUUGUCUUUAUUCUGACAGUACUUGCAAAUUUUGUGUAUAUUUUGACUUGUGUUAUACAAGUUCUAUUAAAUUAAGUUAAAUGAUUUAGCAUGAAAAAAUGUAUUUCCUUCGUAGAGAAAUUAAACUGACUUUUAUAAUUUUUUUUAUAACAAAAUGGUGUGCCUUUUCUAAUUGGUACAAUUUAUGUAAUGAUUUAAAUAAGAAACUUGAAGGGAUUAAAAUUUUUCGGAUUGAAUUGUUAAUAGAAUAUGUACGUUAAUGACAUCAAUAUUAAAACUUGCAAAUAUGUUUUGUUUUUCAGGGAUCAUCUUUUUUAUUCGAAUAUACUCACAUUUCGUACAGAUGUGUGAUUUGGAGUUUUUUAUCUUUCGUGAAGCCUGCUCCAACCUCGGAUGUUCCUUACAUGCUCACAUGGCAGUUUCAUAUUUAUUCAAUUUGCAUUUCGUAGAGAAAAUUGUGAUACAAAAUGUUAGUAGGGAUAAAAGGAUAUAAAGCUACUUAGCUGCCAGUUAUAACACAAAUGUCAGAUAUGUUGUCGAUAUCUGGUACUUGCAGAUAUUCCAUAUAGACAUGAAACGAAGCAGCAGUCUGUUCAUGUGUGUGUGUUUUAUAUCUGUGAGUAUGUCCAAUCACUUGCCUUCAUACAUGUGUUGAAUGUUUUUUUGUUAUUAUUAAAUGGUCUAUUACUUUAUCGAGAACCAAUCUUUAUUAAGUUCUCUGAGCAUUUGAUUAUUUAAUUUGCUUCAACUUUGUUUUAAAAAUAACUGUUUCUCUGUUUGUUUUAUGACGGCUUGUGUAAGUUCAAUUAUCCGUAGUUACAAAGAUGUUUUAAAUUGUCUGGUAUUUGCAUUUGAAUAAUUCAACUGCCAUUCUACUUAGUGAUAAGUGGAUAAGGCUACAAAAUUUGAGGCUUUCAUCAAGUGUAGUAUCUUAAAUUGCUAAAUAAAUUUUAUAGGUGGAAAAAUGUGUAGCAAGAAACUUAUCAGAUUUGUGUUAAUGGGUUUCAAGUUUUGAGGCUAUAUUUACUUUUAUAAGAUGAAUUAAAUUUUUUGGGGAACAUUUUUUUUUUUUAAGUAUGCUGUAAUUUUUUGUGAGCAGUACCUUGUUCAAUGGAUUCCAGUCAAAGUUUUUAACUAAUUGAGUAACAAAAUUACUAGCCAAUGUGCUAAGCAACAAUUUUGAUUUUUUAAGCAGCUGUUUAAGUGUUUAUUUUGUUCCAAAUAUUUUGGAAUGCAAAAUUGAAUUAUUUUAAGGCAUAGUUAGCGACUUGCAAAUUGCGUGAAUAUGAAAUAGGCCAUUCAGAGCAAACAUAUGAGGAACCCUACUCUACAAAACCAUAGCGAAGAGGAGCACAAACGUACCUGCAACUUCUAUCAGCUAUCUUCAAAAAACAUUAUUUUUGAAGUUAAAGAUGACUGUAACUAAACAGUAGUGUAUUUUCUUGAUACUGAUGAGUUUGGAUACGAAUGAAAUGAAGCGGUAUUGUGCCCGAGAAAGCACGAGAAAUAAUGCUAUUGUCGCAGAUAAACAAGACAGCUUCUGAGCAAGUUAGCUUAAUAAUCAAGAUGAUGUAAUUCCACAUGCACACAAUUUCAACAAUUGUGUUUGAGUUGUUGCUGGAGAUAUCAGUAAUGGAAGUAUGACACAGUUAGCAUCCCAAAUAGCGCUGUCUGCGGAGCAACAUGCUACAAGUUGAAGACUUUUGAGAGCGAGGUAUGUAUUUCUCCACAUUCUCUGAGUAAGUCUGAAAAAAACUGGUGGCUAAGAAUGCAGUAUAAAUUGGCAGUAAUUGACAAUGGUUAGUAUUUUUCUCAAAAAGGGAGGGAAAAAUAGGGAAUAUACCAUUAUGUGUUUCUUUUUAAGAUGUCUGCAGUUAUUGAAAGGUUUUUUUUUUUAAGUCAGAUAGCAAGAUUUUAUUUUUUGAGGUAAAACAGAAUUUUUUCAGCGUGCAAUUAAUUGGAGAUUUAAUAGAAUAGCCCAUCAAGGGAAAAGUUUAAGUUCAAAAAUUCCAAAUUUAAAUAUGCAAGAACCAUAAACUAAGCCCAAAAAAUUGAGAUGAACAUUUUUUUUUUAGUGUUUUUGCCACCACAUUUGGCUCUUUAGACUUAACUUUAGUGAGUAUAGUCAUUGUACAAUAUUGAGCUUCAUAAUAAACUUCAAUGCAAAUUAUCAUAUGUAAGCAGAUUAUCUAGAUUUAUAGCUCUGGUAGUGAAAUUAAACUUCAGCACUAAAUCCAAAGGAAAUUAACAAUUGCUCAUAUUAAAACCUAAAAUCUAACUUUUCUUUGGGCGAGACAUCUAGCAGUAUGGGGAUACAGAAACAUUUGCCACAACAGCUUUUUUUUUUAUAAAAUGCUCUUAGUGUCUUAGACAGACAACAAAUGGUGCUUCAAAAAGCAGUAAAUCAUUGAUUACCAUUAAGCUGACAUAUGGAAUGUGAUUGUUCUCGUGCUGUGGCAUGUAGUUCGUUGUCAAUAAAGGGUUCCCUGAUUA